CCGAGAGCCCGGGCUUUUCUGGGAAACAGGCUCCUCCCUCCUGUCCAGGGAACGGGGCCUGGCCGCGGGCAGCGCUGUGUGGAGAGGGAGCAGAACGGGGAGAACGCGGCUGCCGUUCCCACAGGCCGCGAGGGCGAGCGAGCAGACGCCUCCUGCUGCUGGGAGGGCGGCUGCUCUCAGGUCACAACUUCAUUGUGUCUUUCAGUCUCUAGCCUCUCCCUGGCGUCACUGACCACGGGCGACAGCGAGAGCGUGCAGUCCGGCAAGAGGACGCCCAGGUCGGAGUCCGUGGAGGGCUUCCUGUCCCCGAGCCGCUGCGGCAGUCGGAACGGAGAGAAGGACUGGGAGAACGCGUCCACCACGUCCUCGGUGGCCUCGGGGACAGAGUACACAGGACCAAAGCUCUACAAGGAGCCCAGCGCCAAGUCCAACAAGCACAUCAUCCAGAACGCGCUGGCGCACUGCUGCCUGGCGGGCAAGGUGAACGAGGGCCAGAAGAAGCGGAUCCUCGAGGAAAUGGAGAAGUCGGAUGCGAACAACUUCCUGAUCCUCUUCCGGGACUCGGGCUGCCAGUUCCGGUCUCUGUACACCUACUGUCCGGAGACGGAGGACAUCGCCAAGCUGACCGGCAUCGGCCCCAAGUCCAUCAGCAAGAAGAUGAUCGAGGGCCUUUACAAAUACAACUCCGACAGGAAGCAGUUCAGCCACAUUCCAGCGAAGACGCUGUCGGCCAGCGUGGACGCCAUCACCAUCCACAGCCACCUGUGGCAGAGCAAGCGGCCCGUGACGCCCAAGAAGCUGCUGCCCACGAAGGCGUAGGGUCGGGGUUCCCUCCGGGACGUUCGUGGGGACCGCCGCCGCCUCCUGCCUGGGGAGCCUCCCUGAUCGCCAGCGCACUCGUGUUCGCUGCACUGGGCGAGGCUGCUGCCGGCCGCUGGCGCUCCACCGGGCGGGGGCGGGUUCUCCUCGCCGGUGGUGCCCAUGGCGACGGACGCCGGGUCAGGUGGAGGGCGUGGCCGACCGGCGCGGGCCAGGGGCACGGAGCCCGCCUCACACUGUUGGACUGAAGGGGAAGACGGCGAGGGUACAGAAUAUGGGUUUAUCUGUUGCUUUUUUAACACUUUCCAUGUAUGUGCUUGUCCUCAUGUUUAUUUUGAUGCCUUUCUCUCCGUGGGGUUUAUUCCGAGGUCCCCGUGUUGUGUCCCGUGGGGAUCACGGAGGGAGGUGGCCGCGCAGGCCGCCCGCCUUCCUGUGACGCGCGGGGCCCUGGUGUUGGUCUGACGGGACCUCCUGUUUCCUGGUGUCGGAGCGUCGGAGCCGCAGUAAGCGUGCCGGCCUGUGUUUCUCACUCACUAGUAUUAACGUCUCGGCUCGCGGGGGUGUGGGAGCUGCUGGGGUUCGCGGAGCCCCCGGAGCUCGGCCAGGAGCACGUUGCGGGUUAAUCAGUGUUGUCUGCUUCCCGCCCGAGGGCCGGUCGCCUGAGCUGGGGCGGGGGCGGCUCUUUUCCUCAUUUUAUUUAUAACUGACACCCAAACUCUAUUAGAACUUACACAUGUACAAAGGGCUACACUUUAAUUUUAAAACAGCUUCCAUGACUUUGCUUACGUUGAGUUUUUGUUCUCCUGUAUCCCAUCCGAGAGGGCGGCUCAGAGCGAGCGCACACGUGCCGUGGGCGGGGCUGUCCCCGACGGCCUGUGCCGGGCUCCUGGGAGCCUCGUUCUCAGGAAGAUGCGGGCGAUCAUGGGACCCAGGUGAUCAUGGGACCGGGCGCGGGUGGGUGCGGUAGCCGUGGGCCUUGGGGAGCCUAGGGGAGCGUCAGCGUGUCAGACGGGAGGGUAGAGGCUCACGGGCAGGCGUUUCUCACUGAGUCGUUAGAGUCGCUGGCAUCUCCUGUGAUGCACGUACUUGGAGAGACAGGAGGGACGAUGUCGGACGGGGCUUUCCCGUCGUCCCAGGCCCUUUGGGCAUCCGCGCCUCUGAGUUCCCGACGCUCUCAAUGCUGUCGAUAUCGUCCUGUAAUUUAUGUCCUUAUAUUUAUGUAUAUUUGUUAAAACUGUAAAAAAUUCACAGAUUUUUUCCCAAUAUCUGUGCAAGAUGUAUGUGUAGCUCAAACUACUCGUGACCUGCUGUCUGCAUGUGAGAGGGGCCGUGUGGCUCUCGUGUUGUAAGUGGAUACACGCCGUGUGUAACAUGCGCAUUAAAACGGGGAAAUGCACACGUUACCGUUCAGUCUGUCACGUUAGGGGACGGUUAUCAAAUGGCGUUUAGAUUAAGGCUGGCUUAAAAAGGAGUAAAUAAACCGAAUUAGAAUGUGGCAAAUAGUCACCAAAAAGAGAAUUAGUGAGCAUCGUACGUAACUACAUUUGGUCUUUUUUUUUUUUUACGUAUUUUUAUUGGUUUCAGAGAGGAAGGGAGAGGGAGAGAGAAACAUCAUGGAUCGGCUGCCUCCUGCAGGCCCCGCACUGGGGAUGGAGCCCGCAACCUGGGCAUGUGCCCUGACCAAGAAUCGAACCCAGGACCCUUUGGUCUGCAGGCCGACGCUCUAUCCACGGAGCCAAGCCGGCCAGGGCUACAUUUGGUCUCUUAAACCAGGUGUGGCUUCCGCCGCGUCUUCCUCAUGUCUCCAGGACAUUAAAUUUUCAACAACUGGACGUAGGUCCAUGGGGCAGAGUCACGGCCAAGAGCCGCCCGCUGGUCCCCCGUGUGCGUGGGUCCCGCAGCCGCCGCCUCUAAAGGUAGCGUGUGAUGUCGCCGCAACAGCCCGCCACCCUCAGUGUAGCACCUGCUUCCUUAAUGGCGCAGCCGUUUUUAAAAAUCACGUCUGAAGGGUUCGAUGCAGCUCAUGGGCUUGUCGGUCCUGGGGGUUCCCAGCGACCCGCUGGCUGACACACACCGAGGUCAGGCGCCCGCGACGAUCGCUCAGGUGCACCUGCCGCGCUCUGGAGCCUUCUGCCCUCGCGGCCCGGGGGUGGGGGUGGGGGGGACUGUCAGGGUGUCCUCUGGCCCCUGAGAGCCGGGCCAGCCUUUCCGGGGGACUUCCUGGCGCCGCCCACCUGCCUACGGACGCACGGCCCCGCCCAGUGUGGCUCUCCUCGCCCGAAUAAACGCAUGGCACCCGA